AUGAAUUUCUUCACUGUUGCACUACCUGUUGUCCUUGCUUCUUUGCAAGCCGUCAUGGCUGACACCCCAGAUAUCAAUAUCGUCAAUACCAACAAUGGUGGUGACUUACAAGGUUUCCAAGUCUCCUUAGAUAACGGUAUGCUAAAAUUGACCUCUGGUUCCAAAAAGGACUACCAAGUUAUCACUGAUGCUGGUAAAUUGAAACUUUCUGAUGGUACUUACGCCGUCUCUUUGACCGAUGGUUCUUUCGUCACUGGUACUGAAAGUUUAGGUACUGCUGGUUGGUCCAUUCAAAACAGUAAACUAUACUUCAAGGGUUCUGACACUUUCUACGGUGUCAGAGGUUCUGGUAGUAGUUCCAACGCUACCUAUACUUUUGCUACUAGUCAAGGUUCUGAUGGUAAAUCCGUCGUCUUUGAUGCUGUGUCUAACACCGAUGAAACUGUUGUUAACUUCCCAGAUAACAGCACUUCUUCAUCAAACUCUUCCUCUUCUGUUACUUCCGGUACAUACACUAACUCUACUACUGGUAUCAAUUCUGGUAACUCUACCAAUGGUUCUACUUCCACCUCUAACUCUACUUCUGCUUCUCACAACUCUACUUCCACAAGCUCUCAUAAGAACGGUGCCGCCAUUGCUAACGUUCCAGCUUACGGUGUCCUAGCUGCCCUAGCCCUACUAAUAUAA